AUGAGGGCGACCAGUCUACUGCGGUUGCUCUUGAUCUGCUUCUACCUCCUUUUGGUCCACACCUUCGGCGCCUCCGGUGUUGGUGACAAGCUCGAGAAGGGCCAGAACCUCACCGACGGCGACACGCUCGUCUCGGCCGGCGGCUCCUUCACCCUCGGCUUCUUCUCUCCCGGGGUGUCCACCAAGAGGUACCUCGGCGUAUGGUUCUCCGUGUCCAACGCCACCAUCGCCUGCUGGGUUGCCAACCGCGAGCAGCCUAUGGUCGACAAGUCCGGCAUGCUGGUGUUCAACGACCUCGGCAGCCUUGUUCUGCUCGAUGGCUCCCGCCGGACGGUCUGGUCUUCAGACUUCUCCGGCGGCGCUUCUGCGGUGGUGGCGCAGCUUCUCGUGUCCGGCAACCUGGUCGUACACAAUGGCAGCAGCGACGCCUCCCUGUGGCAGUCGUUCGACCAUCCGUCGGACACCUUGCUGCCUGACAUGAAGCUCGGCAAGAACCGCUGGACCGGAGCCGAGUGGCAGCUCACGUCGUGGCGCUCGGCCGACGACCCGGCUCCGGGGGACUACCGCCGCACGCUGGAAACCAAGGGGUUACCGGAGCUCGUCGUGUGGCGUGGCAACGUCAAGGCGUACCGCACGGGGCCGUGGAACGGGCUCUACUUCAACGGCGUCCCGGAGGUGUCGGUGUACGCGGCCAAGUACCCUCUGCGGGCGACGACGAGCCCGUGGGAGGUCACCUACGGGUACACCGCCGCGCCCGGCGCGCCGCUGACCCGCGUCGUGGUGAACCACACCGGCAAGGCGGAGCGGUGGGAGUGGGACGCGAGGAGCUGGGCGUGGACUCGCAUAUUCCAGGGGCCGAGGGACCCCUGCGACGAGUAUGGGAGAUGCGGGCCGUUCGGCCUCUGCGACCCCGAGGCGGCAUCGUCGGGGUUCUGCGGCUGCGUCGAGGGGUUCAGCUUCAGCAGCCCUCCCGCCACGACCCUGCCGGCGCAGGAGGUGAAGGGUACCACCUGCCGAAGACACGCAGCGCUGGACUGUGCCGGCGGGACUACGACGGACGGCUUCGCGGUGGUGCGGGGGGUGAAGCUUCCCGACACGCAGAACGCGUCGGUGGACAUGGGCGUCACGCUGGAGGAGUGCAGGGCGAGGUGCUUCGCCAACUGCUCGUGCUUGGCCUACGCCGCCGCCGACAUCAGGGGAGGCGGCGAUGGUUCCGGCUGCGUCAUGUGGACGGAUGCCAUCGUUGAUCUACGUCUCGUGGACAUGGGGCAGAAUCUCUACCUGAGGUUGUCAAAAUCAGAACUUGAUGACCAUAAAAAGUUCCCUGUUCUACUCGUUUCCAUACCUUUAGCUUCGAUUGUUAUUAUUAUACUGGUCGUCUUUGCGAUUUGGUGGAGAAGGAAGCGCACAAUCAUAGGUGCUAUUCCUCAGAGCCAUGCCAUGGCCGUUCCCUUAGUUAGUCUAGCUAUUAUAAAGGAUGUCACUGGAAAUUUCUGCGAAAGCAAUAUGAUCGGCCAGGGUGGAUUUAGCAUCGUUUACAAGGGGCAGCUGCCUGAAGGAAGAACAAUUGCUGUCAAGAGGCUUAAGCAGUCGGUGCUCACUACAAAAGGCAAGAAAGAUUUUGCAAGAGAAGUGGAGGUGAUGGCUGGGCUCCGGCAUGGUAGUCUUGUCCGUCUCCUUGCUUACUGCAAUGAAGGCAAGGAGCGGAUACUCAUCUACGAAUACAUGCAGAACAAGAGCCUAAACGUCCACAUAUUCGGUAAUCGGUACUCGCGCAAUGUCAACCUUCGUGCCUCACUGAACUGGGCAAGGAGACUGGAAUUAAUUCGAGGGAUUGCGCAUGGCAUUGCAUACCUACACGGAGGAUCUGGUGACAAUGUUAUCCAUAGGGAUCUUAAGCCGGGCAACAUUCUGCUAGACGACGAAUGGAAGCCUAAAAUUGCUGACUUUGGAACUGCCAAGCUGUUCGCAGUGGAUCAGACCGGGCCUGAUCAAACAAUUGUAGUUUCACCGGGGUAUGCAGCGCCGGAGUAUGCGCGGCAAGGGAACAUGACACUUAAGUGUGACGUCUAUAGUUUCGGAGUUAUUCUCUUGGAGACACUCAGUGGGCGAAGGAACGGUGGCAUGCAGGGCCUCCUUUCGCAUGCCUGGGGAUUGUUGGAGACAAACAUGAUCGCGGAACUUCUGGACACAACAAUGGUACCACUAUCCGAGUCCGAGCCUGAGCUCUUGUCCGAGCUGACACGAUGUAUCCAGAUUGGGCUCCUCUGCGUCCAGGAAACUCCUUGUGAUAGGCCGACCAUCUCCAUCGUUGUUGCCAUGUUGAUGAGCACGACGUCGCAAAUCGACCGGCCAAGAAGAAUGCGACCGUUGGAUUGCGAAGGAUUCAUGCCUUUAGAUUCGUCACAUGGGCUCGAGACGGAACUCUUGAGAUCAACUACGAUUGAUUUGACGUAG